AUGUCGACACACCAAACCGUGCGUCGGUGGAUCAUGACGGGCGCUGUCGCUGCCAUUACCGUCACUGGAACUAUCUACGGCGCUGACCUGAAGGGGUAUCAGGAGGCCAAGCAGCAAAAGCGACAACUGCUCGAAGCUACCCCCGAGGAGCGAAUUGCCCAACUCGAAGCAGCCCGCGCCGAACUAGUACUCAAGAAGACCGAGAUGGAGAGGAAGAUUGCAGGAAUUAUGGAAAAGAAAAAGGCGAGAGAGGAAGAGCAGAUGAGGAGAUGA